GCGCGCCCGCGCCUGCCCCUCCCCCAACUCUCCCCGCGCAAGCUGGGAACCGGUCGCCCCGGCUGCUGCGGUCGCCGUGGUAGGUCGUUGUGAUGGCCUCUUCGUGGGAUGAGCUGACCCUUGCCUUUUCUCGCACGUCCAUGUUCCCCUUUUUUGACAUCGCCCACUACUUGGUAUCAGUGAUGGCGCUGAAGCGUCAGCCAGGAGCAGCGGCAGAGGCCCGGAAGAAUCCCCUUUCAAGUUGGUUUACAGCUAUGCUCCACUGUUUUGGUGGAGGAAUUUUAUCCUGUGUACUGCUUGCAGAGCCUCCAUUGAGGUUUCUUGCAAACAACACUAAUAUAUUACUGGCAUCUUCAAUCUGGUAUAUUAUUUUUUUUUGCCCAUAUGACCUCGUUUCCCAGGGCUAUUCUUUCCUACCUGUUCAACUCUUGGCUGCGGGAAUGAAGGAAGUGACCAGAACUUGGAAAAUAGUAGGUGGAGUCACACAUGCUAAUAGCUAUUACAAAAAUGGCUGGAUAGUCAUGAUAGCUAUUGGAUGGGCCCGAGGGGCAGGUGGUAGCAUUAUCACAAAUUUUGAGCAGUUGGCAAAAGGAAGUUGGAAACCACAAGGUGACGAAUGGCUGAAGAUGUCCUAUGACUCCCCCGUGGCCUCUAAGACCCUCCAAGAUCUGCCGCUCCCCCACACCCAAUUUGCUUUGACUUCAUCCCUUAUUAUUCUCUCCCUGUUCACUGCACUCUAUUCUUGAAAAGCCAGCCCUGCCAAGGUAACUCUCCUGGGGUCAAUUAUCUUCACGUUUCAGCACACCAAGCACCUGGCAAUAUCAAGGCAUAAUCUU